GUAACAUCAUUACAAAACAAUUAGUCGUUGAUCAAGUUCCGAGUGAUAAACAUGGACUUCAGUGAUGUAUAUAACUCUGAUGUCAGAGUGAAGAAGGAACCAGAUGAUGUUUCCCCAAUUAAAAAUGAAGAUUAUAAGAUAAUUGACAAUGCAUGCGAUGCUAAAAACGACGAAUUCUCGAGUUUUUGUCGAGAAAAUUUAAUUUAUGGGCUUCGUAAAAAUAAAGAAAAUUCUGAACCUAAUAACGAUUUGGAAAUAGAAUUCGAAUGUAAGAACGAGAAGCUCGGCAUUAACUUAUUAGUAGUCAAGAAAAUCGAGGACGACUGUCCAGAUCAAUGGCAGCAUAUGAAAAAUAGUUGCGAUUAUCAGACUCCAAAGAAAAUUAAAGAAGAAAUUGUCGACGAAGUAAAAGAGGAAUUGAAUUUGGAUGGUGAACUCAGUGAUGCAUUUGAUGCAAAUGAAAAAACAUUUGCUCAAAAUAGUCAACGCAAAACCCAAACUAAUAAGGCACGCAAUCGUACCAAAUAUCCAUGUAAUAUAUGCGGUAAAAAACUUGCACGAAAAGAUUAUCUCAAGAUUCACAUCGAUGCAAUUCAUAACGGUAUUAAACAUGAGUGUGGUAUAUGUGGAAAGACAUUCACACAAAAAGGAAGGCUCAAAAUUCACAUCGAUGCGAUGCAUAAAGGUAUAGCACGUACUUGCGAAAUGUGCGGAAAGAAAUUCUCAACCAAGGCUCAACUCAAGAUCCACAUCGAUGGAGUACAUAAUGGUGUUAAACAUGCGUGUGGUAUAUGUGAAAAGACAUUCACACAAAAAAGAGAUCUCAAGAGGCAUAUCGAGGGACAUAAUGGUGUUAAACAUGCGUGCGGUAUAUGUGAAAAGACAUUCACACAAAAAGGAGAUCUCAAGAGGCAUAUCGAGGGACAUAAUGGUGUUAAGCAUGCGUGUGGUCUAUGUGCAAAGACUUUCACACAAAAACGUUAUCUCAAGAUUCACAUCGAUGCGAUGCAUAAAGGUGUGGUACAUACUUGCGAAGUGUGCGGAAAGACAUUCACACUAAAGGGUAAUCUUAAAAAACACAUAAAUUUGAUGCAUUAAUAAGACCACUUAUUGUAAUAAGUGCGGCAAGACAUUUUCUCAAAAGGAUCUUAUAACUCACAUUAAAACGCAGCACGAAGACAUUGAUCACACUUGUGUUUAAUGCGGGAAAAAAUUUAAACAUAGAAAAUAUUUAUGCAGACACGUCAAAAGUGUGCAUGAAGGCAAGCACGAGAUCAAUACAAAACAUCUUAAAACGUACCUAUCAAUACCGAGCAAAAUGAUGAAACAUCGAGACAAAUAAAUAAAUUAACAUAUCAUAAAUUAACAUGUAUUUAUUUAUUAGCAUAUAAUAAAUAAACAUAUCAUACAUUUUUGCUCAGUAGUGAUACUCAAAACACGACAUAUAAUUAUACAAUAUACUUGUCAUAAGUACAAUGUUAAAUACCUAUUGCAAACAAAAAUUACGUUUUUUCGAAGUGGAGAUGUCGCGAGGUGCGAAACUCAAAAUUGCAUAAAAAGGCAUUUUUUGUAUAUUAGGAUAUACGCGGAUGUCGCUAAAAAAGU